AUGGCUACAAUUAUUAAACAGAAGUCUAUUACUAUCAAAUGUUCAAACCCAUCGACAAACGUUGAAAGUAUAACAUGUAUGGCACUUGAAUCAAGUGCAAAACAAUUUUCUGUCAAUAUGAUCUGGAUCUAUUCGAAUACUGCAAAUUUGUCAAAAGAUGAUUUUAUGCCAUCUGAUCAACUACAAACUACUCUAUCGAAUACUCUCAAUUAUUUUCCUAUACUAGCUGGUCGUGCUACAGAAGAUACGAAAGGCAAUGUCAUCAUUCAUUUGACAAACGAAGGUGUUCUCUAUACCGAAGCUGAAUGUCCGAAUCAUACCUUGGACUAUUUCAUACCACAAACAUUGCUAGAGGAAGGAUUUGAUUAUGAGCAUAUCAAUACGAGUGAUUUAGCUGUAAAAGUAAAAAAUGAUUGCACAGGGCCUUGCAUGUCUAUACAAGUGACGCGUCUUAAGUGUAAUAGCGUUAUUCUAAGUAUAUCUGCUUUUCAUUGUUUAACGGAUGCACACAGUAUGUCGCAUUUCAUCAAUGCAUGGGCUUCUGGUAAACCAUCACAAUCGAUGCCAAUGUUCGACAAAACUUUUAUCUUAUAUCCUACUGAACAACAACAACAACAGAUAAAUUCUUUGACUCGACCAAAGAACUGUGUUUUCAAUCGAAAUGCCAUUUCAUUAUCUAAUGAACCAUUCGUUCAAGUACAACAACAGCGUGUGAUUUCCAAAGUUUAUUUUUUCUCUGUCAACGAACUGAAUAAUAUUAAAAAAGAAGUAUCAAAAGACAUAUCAACAUCAGUUGAUUACAUCAGCACUUACGAUGCUCUUUAUGCUCAUAUGAUUUUAGUAAUUGCAGCAGCCACUCAAACCUCAUUGACAGAUAAUAUUAAAGUUCUACAGUCACUCAACGGUCGUUCAAGUUUCAUUUCUUGUUGUUCACCAGCCGUUCUCAACUACUUUGGUUCAUUUCCAUUUUGGCUCUAUGCUGAAAUACCAUCAGAUCGAGAGCCAACCCUUUCAUCAUUAGCACAGUUGAUUCAUGAAAUGUAUUCAAAACAAACGGAACAUUCGUUGAGAGAAUAUAAUGCUUAUUUAAUGAGUGGCGACGGUGAUAUUAACAAAAAUCGAGCAGAUACCGAUAUAAUUAAUCGUGAUUUUUAUUGUUCAUCAUGGCGAAAAGGAAAUCUGUUAGAUGCUAAUUUUGGUAAUAGUGGAUUUCCUAUCUACAGUGGAUUAACUGAUCUUUUGUAUCCACGAUAUUUUGCAAUGAUGGAUACGCGUGCAAGAGAUGGAUCGGUUAAUAUUGUAUUAGGAAUGAGAGAACAAGAUUAUGAACGAAUGAUACAACAAAAUAUGCUACAUAAAUAUCAAUAA